CCCUUGAAUUGAAGUCGAUUCUUUCGACGAUUAUUUUUGGGACCGUUAGGGCACGGUCGCGUUUGGCGUUUCGCUGCCUCUUGCCUCACUUGCCUCUCGCAGCCGCAGCCCUCUUCGUCCUUAUCGCUGCCUCUUCCCUCACUCGCCUCUCGCAGCAGCAGCCCUCUUCGCCUUCACGCAACGCUCUUCGUCCUCACGCGCCGUGAAGCCGCAGCCUUCUUCCUGCUGCCGCGAACCUUCCCCACUCGAAGGAUUCCCUCAUAAGCUCCUUAAUAAGGAUCGCUUGGAUGUGGGGAGCGCCGUUUCGAUUGUGGAUAUGGUUUAAGAGAACUCUUGUGUUCUGUCCUUACUUGGAGUUUGUCUUUUUUGCGUGGGAAGUAAACAGAGAUAAUCCCCUUCAACAUUAGAAGAAGGUGCAGGUAUCGCCAUAGCCAUGGCAGAAGAAGACAGCACCCUUGAUGCGAACCUUGGAUGAAGGUGGGGGAAACCAGCUCUUGCAGAAGACCUCCAACCCUCUGGAGUUCACUUCAUACCACUGCAUCAAGAAAGCAAACAGGGGAUCCUCUUCCUCUUUAGGGGGACGAUGCUUUUUGUUUUCAAUAUGAACUAGUACCAUACAUACUGACAACAUGUUUUCAUGAUAAAAUAUUUCGGUGAAAAGGCAACGAAACAAAGAAAGAACCGGCUGCACAGUCUUACCUCCUCCAUUUGAAUGCCAGAUGGUGCGCUCUGCAGAUCAAACACAACCAAAAUGAGUUACAAUUUAUUUGAAAAAGACUUUUGUGGGUUUGAAGUCUUGGGGACAGAGUAAGUUAAACGAGGAAGCUGGAGAACUCAGCAGCGUAAAUCGUGCUGAUACUUCAGAUCCUGUUCUCGAUUCUUUAUCUACCGAAACAUUUCAAUCCGAGUAUAUGAUAGCGGACAACGUUAUCAAGAUGUUGUAAUUCCUGAGGCAUAUGAGCGCCUAAUUUUGGAUACAAUAAGAGGUGACCAGCAACAUUUUGUCUGUAGGGAUGAGCUAAAGGCGGCUUGGGAGAUAUUCACCCCUUUGCUACAUAGAAUUGAUGAUGGAGAAAUCAAGCCAAUUCCCUAUAAAGUGGGGAGUCGCGGCCCAGAUGAAGCAGAUAGCCUCCUUUUGCAUUCUACUCUUAUCAAUAUGCUGUUAACUUUUGCAUUCUCAACGUACAUCAGCAGUUUGUUGGAUACGGAACUGUAUAAAAAAAACUAUGACUGCAGAGGAAGAGUCGAUUGAACAGGCUGCUAUUGCUCGUAGAGAGAGGUUAAAAGCUCUGAAGGAAGCUAAUGAACUACUCAGCAAGCCUGAUGAUAAUCCUCCCCAGGAGGAAGACAAUGCUGAAGGUGCUGAAUCUGAAGAGGAGGAAAUAAGGGUGAAGUUUAGGAACUAUCUACCACAUGAUAAGCAACUUCAAGAGAGUAAGUUAGCUCCUCCUGUCUUACCCAAGUUUGAAGACCCAGCUUCUUCUGCACCUGCUGCACCACUAGAUAUAGCUGCGGAUCCUUUCAUAAACAUAGCACCAAAGAAACCGAAUUGGGAUCUCCGCAGAGACAUCCAAAAGAAGCUGGAUAAGCUUGAAAAGCGAACUCAGAAGGCUCUAUAUGAGAUCAUGAGAGAACAAGAGCAGCAGGAACUGGCUUCUGCUGGAGAGAAUGGUGAAGAAUCUGAGCGAACUGAGGAGUGAGAGUGCAGGCUUUAUUUAUGUUGGUUUUCCUUUGGACAUUUUCCAAGCUUUGUAACUUGAACAAAAUGAGCUGGUUUGGUCAAUGAAUCAACGGUCUUUGGGUCGACGAAAUAGGUUCCUUAACCUCAUGAUAGACACAAAGAUUGAUAUCUUAACGGCAAAUUAGCCUUUUUUUAAUGACAAACCAGCAGUGACUUAACUCC